GAUGGCACCCGACUGUUUAUUGGCGCUCCCGGAAGCUGGUACUGGCAAGGCCAAAGUUAUUCCAUCGAUCCCCAGGUCAAUUUUCCAUUUCAUCCUGGAAUAUUUGGUGAAGCGUUUGGUUUUAACGCACGUCCAAAAGGACAGGUAUUCCAGCAAAGUUUGAACAAGAGGCCCGCGGUUUUUUCAACGCCCGAGGGACCGGCGCGGGACGACGACUCCUAUAUGGGAUACUCGAUGGUUGUCGGAGAUUUUAACAACGUCGGUACGCAAGGCGUCGCGGUUGGUAUGCCGAAAGGUGGCGAAAGCUUGGAGGGAAGAAUAUUGCUGUAUACGUGGGAUUUGACGAAUUAUCUUAAUAUUAGUGGAACCCAGCUGGGGGCUUAUUAUGGUUAUGCGUUGGCGAAUUCCGAUGUUGAUGGCGAUGGACGUGACGAUCUUUUAAUUGGGGCUCCUCUUCAUACCGAGAAAAAUACUGAGAAUAAGUAUGAAGUUGGUCGCGUGGAGAUCGCCUGCCAGGGACCAAGUGGCAGCUUUUCGAGGAGGAUUAUCCUUGAUGGAUUUAAAUCGAAAUCAAGAUUUGGAUUGGCAUUAAGCACGCUAGGUGAUAUGAAUUUGGACGGCUAUGGAGACUUUGCUGUGGGCGCACCGUAUGAUGGACCAUUUGAACGUGGCGCAGUCUAUAUUUUUCAAGGAGCUCCGAAUGGUGCUGUGACGAAGUACUCCCAAGUAAUUUACGCCGAGAAUGUACAGAGAAGUUACGUAGGUCGCGAGCCUGUUAAUACAUUCGGGUUUUCAAUAUCAGGUGGUCUCGAUCUUGAUGGUAACGACUAUCCUGAUAUGGCUAUUGGCGCUUAUUCAUCAGAUGUCGCGUACUUCUUUAGAGCCAGACCAGUCGUGAAAGUCGAAGCGUAUGUCAAGUUUUUAACCCCCCACAAACAACUAUUUCUAGAACAAAAGGACUGUUACAAGCCAAACAAUCCGAACAUACGCGUCACCUGUACUGAUAUCGAGGUGUGCGUGAGGUAUACUGGAGUUGGAGUUCCCUCUCGAAUAGAUUUAAAUAUUGAACACAUACUAGAUGCCAAGAAAUUAAAGCAACAAACACGAAUGUACCUUGGACGGGCUUCUGGACAGUCGGUCAACACAACUUUAAUUCUAUACAAGGACACGGAAUUUAACUGCAACUUGAAAGACAAAAUUUACUUGGAAGAGCAAAUAAUUGACAAACUCACUGAGCUAAUGGUCGAAGUGAAAUACUCACUGAAAAGUUCAGAGGCACUUUCGCAAACGGUACGUAAUCCAACAUCCAUUCUCGUGCCGAUUUUGGAUGAAUCGAAGCCAACCUCGGUAAAUGAUUCGAUUAGCAUUUACAAAAAUUGCGGCCCCGACAACAUUUGCUACCCUGAUCUUCGCUUACACGUCAAUCAGCAAAUCGAUGGGUACGUUUACGAGCUGGGAAAAUCUCUAGAGUUUAUUGUGGAAGUUACCAACCACGCCGAAGAUGCUUACAACGCCAAAUUCUUCCUGCAUCUACCUCCAGGAAUUGGUUUUAAAGUUGCCAAACGAACGGAUUACCCAGAAUCUAAAGUGUCUUGUAGUACGUCGUUUAACGCCUCAGUAUUCGUUUGCGAUAUCGGAAAUCCCUUAUCCAAAGUGUUCAACUUUAAACUGGAAGUAGAGCCCUUAAGAUAUCACAAACUGUUAAGCCCCUCUUACGAUUUCCUAAUGAACGUUACAAGUGCUAAUCCGGAGUAUAACCACACAAUGCAGGAUAACGUGGUUCAAUUUUCGAUUAAAAUCAUAGUAAAUGCUGAACUUUCUCUUGAAGGCAAAUCGGUGCCGUCUACCGUUUAUUAUAAUUUGAACCAAUAUCCGUCAGAAGCAAAGGUUUGGGAUAGUGAAAUUGGACCAUCAGUUAUACAUUCCUACACGGUUACGAAUGCUGGGCCUUCCGAUGUUCAAAAUGUGGAAAUCUUCAUCAUUUGGCCACAUCUAGCAGCGCAAGGUAAAGAUUUAUUGUACUUAUUAGAAGAACCACACACUCUCGGAAAUGUUCAGUGUGAGAUAGUAGGGGCGAACUAUAAUGGUUACACAUUAGCGGGCCAAAGGGAGGUGUGGGAAAUAUUAGAAAUAACUCCCGAAUAUCUGCACCAUAACGCAACCCCUCACGUUCAGCACAAUAAAACCGUGAUCAUAUCAGGGCAAGCUGGUAACACGAUCACCACGACUGAAACAGAGCUAAUAUUUUUCGACGAACUCAACAAAGUUAUUCAUCGAGAAAAAUUAAUUAGAGAACCCAGCUAUGAAGAAUACUGGCAACAGGUUGCAAAGUUCGUCAAUUCGCACCCCGGUCCAUUGGUCGUAGCGGUUAAUACUACGAUUCAUGUGAAAUACGAGAACGGUACGGUUAUUUCGCACCCUUCGAAUCGGCCGGGAAUACCCGAAAUUCCGUAUGGAUCUUAUCGAGUCCGUUCAAACACCACAACCUUAGUCGCGUACUCGGACUCUUUGGGAAAUAUCCUUUAUGAAGAAAUAAUAUCUGAGGAACCGGGAUCGGAGUCUUUUACUAAAAGAGUUCGAAGUACAACCGAUCGUUACACGUUCCCGCUUUCAAUUCGCACUAAUACUACAAGAGAGACGUCCUAUGUCACUUCGGAUGGCAAGGUUCUGUACCAGGAGUUUGUCUCGAAAGUAGGUACUGGAGAAUCGACGAGCGUGGAGACGUCGAAGAUAAGUACAAUAAUUAACGUCGUACUAUACGAUGCGAAUGGUAACAAGCUUGAAGCGCACACGGUAACUGCGGAACCGGGCACGGAAGCAUACUGGGAGCAAAUCAAUGCGUUAGUUGGAAAGUACCCCGAUCCUGUCACCAUUCGUAUCUUCAAAGGUAAAAUUACCACCUACUAUAUCAAUGGAGUUGAAAUUCGAAAGGAAGAAGUGAGCGGGUCAAGCACAACGUUAGAAGCUCCAUUUAGAUCGUAUAUUGACGUAAUUACGACCAUAACUUGCUUCGGGGUUGAUGGGCAAGUUUUGGAUCAAGGUAGUAUUCCAGGAGAAUCCGGUACCACUGAGUAUCAGAAAAUUGUUAAUAAGAUGGUGAAACAAUACAAGCAGCCGAUAACUAUAAAAACAAAUACGACUACUGCUGUGACGUAUCGUGGAUCUGCGGGGAAAAUUAUUCACACGGGAUACAUGUACAAGGAGAAGAUCGAUAAGUACCACCAAGACCUGCUGCAGAAUGCGGUUACCACAACUAAAAUUACUAUCUAUGACUCGUACGGUAAGGAGAUUCAUCACGAAAAUAUUAAGCAGGAACCUGGUACGCCGGCUUACUGGGAGGAAUUGAAUAAGAUUGUUAGUAAAUACAAGGUGCCAGGGACCAUCGGGACGCAACAUGUGAAGACCAUUACGUAUUACGUUAACGGAAAACCGACCGAUGUUGAGGUUACCAGCGGGACCGUGGAAAAGAAAUUCAUAAGUCAUACCGACACCACAACGGUAACCAUUCGUGAUAUGAACGGUAACCAACUCUAUCAAACUGCAAUACCGAGCGAUUCGGAUUCUAAACAGUAUCGCGAACUGAUUUCCAGAUUGACCCUUCAGUUCCCUCAACCUUUAAUCAUUAAGACGAAUACUACAAGAUUCAUUACUUACCGUACUGAGAAUGGGCAGAUACUUCAGAAUGGGUACGUCUACUCCGAAAAAACUGAACAUUAUAAUCAGAGUCAACCGGAAACCGUAACGACGAUUGUUACAACUGUUACAGUUCAUGAUUCGCACGGAAGGCCUGUGGGCACAGAAAUUGUUACAGAGAAUCCUGGCACGCAGGCGUAUUGGGAGACUAUAAACCAAAUUAUUUCUAAACAUAAACCGCCUGUUACUGUAAGCACCACGCAUAUUAAAACUAUAAAAUAUAUUCUUAAUGGAAAGGAAGUGAACCAUGAAAACGUACCGUUUACAACUCGAACUGAGACUACUACCUCUAUUAGCUGCCGUAACGCUCAGGAUGGUGCAACACUAUACUCUUCACAACUACCCGGAGAUUCCAACUCGGCUGCUUACAAAGAUCUAAUUAGUACUUUAACUUCGACUUAUACCCAACCGAUUAUAAUCACGACCAAUGUGACGAGAAUAACCCAUUACUUGGAUACGUUAGGAAACGAGAUUCUCACGAAUACCGCGUUUGAGGCGAAAACCCAGAGUUACAAUCAACAUUCGGGCGAAACGUUUAAGAUAACCACUGCGACUGUUUUGACCAUCUAUGGAAUGAACGGGUUGCAAUUGCACCAGGAGGUUAUAACGGAAGAGCCAGAAUCACGAGAGUAUUGGAACCGAGUUAAUCAAAUUAUAGCGACCUACACGCAGCCAGUUACAGUAAAGACUUCGACAACGCAGCGUGUUACGUACUACUUGAACGGGAUUGAAAUAAAAACUGAGGAGAAGCCUUUACACCCAGGCGUCAACGAAGUUCCGUUAACUGUCAAUACGAAUGUGGUAACGAGCGUGACGUGCAAAGAUGCAAAUAAUGCCGUAAUUCACCAAGUCUCUUUGCCCGGUGACUCUUCGACGACUGCCUAUAGGGAUGUGAUAAAUGGCGUGAAGGCGCAGUAUAGACAACCUAUGACGAUUAUCACGAAUGUUACAAAGACAAUUACAUACCGUGACAGUAGAGGGCAGCCUGUUUCAACCGGUUUUGUAACCGAGGUGAAACAGGAACACUUCGCCCCUGCUACCCUUGAAACUAGCCGUACGUCUACGGUUACAACAGUUUCGGUUUAUGAUGUCAACAAUCGUUUGGUUACGCAAGAAUCGUUGCCCUACGAACCGGGAACUAGGGAGUACUGGGAAGCGUUUACUAAAAUAAUCGGCCACCACGCAACCCCCGUUACUGUUCGGAUCGCCACCUCCAGUGUAACAACGUAUUACAUUAACGGAAUAGAAACACGUCGAGACGACAAACCUUACGUCGGCGAUGCUUCCAGGAUACCUGCUUCGAUUAGGAUCGAGUCGACCAGUACGAUAGUGUGUCAUGAUCGGAAUGGCAAACAGCUUUACACGAUAACAAUACCGGGAGAUACUCAAACGACCGAGUAUAGAAACGCAAUCUCUACAAUUAAAAAUACCUACCACCAACCCAUCGCAGUAAAAACCACGGUAAAUAAGAACAUAAGGUUCAUGAACAGCUAUGGAACGGUGAUUCACACUGAAACCACGCAUCACGAAACAACCGAAAAUUAUAAUCAUAAUCUAAACGAAACUGUACGAACGAUCACAGAAACUGUGAUCACAUUCUAUGAUGAGAACCGUAAUCUUCUUCAAAGAGAGAUUAUUAGAGAAGAACCAGGAACGGAGGCCUACUGGCAGGAAAUAAAUAAAGUAAUUAGCAAAUAUACAAUACCGAUCACAAUGAGAGUGACCACUACGAAAGUACUAGUUUAUUAUUCCAAUGGUGUCGAGAUGCGUCGGGAAAACGUGCCAACUGGAGAUACCAAUCAACCAUUCACAACACAAAGUGAUUCGGUAACAACGGUUGUUUGUCAUGCGAAUGAUGGCCAGGAACUGUACAGAACUACGCUAUCGGGCAAUGCUCAAACGCCUGCCUAUAAUGACUUAAUCAAUUCACUGAGAAAUCAAUACAGCUUCCCCAUUUCAGUAAAUACAAACAUCACCACAACAAUUAAGUACUUCGGCUCUGAUCAUAGAUUAAUAUAUACCGGUUACGUCUACGAAUCUAGAACCCAACAAUAUAAUCAGCAGUCUGGGGAAACUAGCCGGAUUAGUACAGUUACCAUAGUAAAAAUAUUCAGUCAAAGUGGUCACUUGCUAGAACAGGUAACAAUAAUGGAUGCACCCGAUUCGCCAAUUUAUUGGGAACAGAUUAAUAAUGUAGUAGUAAAGCAUCACGAGGUAAUUACGAUUCAGACAGAUACCAAAAAGGUGAUCACUUACUAUGUUAACGGCAAAGAAAUUCGAAGCGAACAAAUUCCCGGUCCAAUAGCUGAACCGAUUCACCCAGAGUUACAGAGAUCGACUGUUAUUACGUGUUACGGCCCAGCUGGUAAUAUUCUCACUCAAAGGACUAUUGCUGAAGAUCGCACCUCACCCGCCUAUCUUAACUAUUUGUCCGCACUAAAGCAGCAGCAUCCCGACUAUGGUAGCAUACAUACUAACACCACCAUCACGAUCUACUACAGAAACGCACGUGGUGGGACGGUACACGUAGGAAGUAUACUUCAACAACACACAGAUUAUCGUACGCCCUCGCGUCCGGACACAACGCAGACGCAGACAACAACAAUUACCACUGUUACCUUCUACGAUCCCAGCGGAAACUUAUUACACCAGGAAACCAUACGGGACGAACCAGGUUCAACGGCAUACUGGCAUAGUAUUAAAAACACCAUUACUAGAUAUCCCCUAAUCGCGUUGAAGAUUCAUACGACCAUAACUAAAGUUAUUACGUAUUACAGCGGAAACAGAGAAAUUCGUCAGGAAACUGUUCCAGGUAACGCCGGUAUUUACGAAGCACCUUUCACAUCUCACACAGACGUCGUCAAUGUGAUCACCUUUUAUGGACCCAAUAGAGAGGUGCUAAACCAACAAACCGUGAGGGGAGAACUGACACCGGCCGACCGAAAAAAUUACCUGGACAGUUUCAGUAGAACUCACUUCGGGGGUACUUUCACAAUGGAAACUAACACCACUAAGACCUUAACGUACCGCAGCACUGACGGUAGAGUACUUUUCACCGAUAACAUCUUUGUACCUGUCGAUCAAGGUCCAAGCCAUACGGAAAUAAAAACAACUUUCACCGUGUAUGGGCCUGAUCGUCGAACGAUAUUGGAUCAGCAUACAAUUAACGGUGGUACUGGUUCGGCAGCCUAUAAUGAUUACAUCUCGGGCAUCAUCGCCAGGUUUCCGGGAUCGAUCACGAUCUACACCAAUUCGACGAAAACGGUUACUCUAAUGUCAGACAGUGGGCAACCACACCAGCAAGUUCUGACCGAGCCACGAUCAACAAUCCAAAGGGAAGGUGAUACCACAAGCUCAAGGGCGAGGACAAGUAUUACGUUCUACGCACCUGACGGAACACAACUGCACCAAGACACUAUCGAGGGUGCACCCGGAAAUGAACUACUUCAAAAAUUAAAUCAGGUGGCAAACACCUUCGGUGGUGUUUUAAAAAGUUCCGUCACGCAUCACAAUGAAGGAUCUGUUACGCAUGUCGAUACUCCCUAUCCGGGUCAUACGUUUGGCGGCAACACUCAACAUUUCACAGACUUCAACGUAAACCGCUACAAUAAUUACAGCUCGCCUUACAACAACCAAACCUUCCGCAGCCCACCCUUAGAAUCAUUACAAGAUUUGGGCACAUAUGCCAAGCGAAGGGGGUACGUUAAUGCCGGAGUUGAUCUUGGCCGCGGUCAUAGUGGCAAUGUUGACAACAGCUUUGAUAACCAGGCGAGAAGGCGUUUCGAAUCGUAUCGAACUUCUGAAACGAAUCCGAACUAUAACUAUUUACGAGGACAGAAUAUUCGACACAGUAGAACGAAGAGAGAGGAGGACCCUACUACGAUUGAUAUCAAAAGGUUGAGCGAAUGUAAAACUAGCAAUUGUAGUAUCAUUAGAUGUACAACUGGAGCCUUGCAUAAUGGAAAUGAGGUCCACAUAGCGCUGCGCGCAAGAGUUAAUGUUCACACACUGACACAGUUGAGUACUACACAAACGGUGAAGAUUCAGUCCAUGCUCCUAGCGAGAAUAAGUCAAUUUGAAGAAAUCCUCGGCGUUCCCGAGAAGAGGAAACUCUAUCGACACCAGGCGAUAACUACCGUGAUGCCUCCAACGCCCGAUAUUAAACCAGACAUGGUUCCCUUGUGGGUGGUGAUUCUAUCCGCAGUCGCAGGAACCUUAAUCCUACUUCUGUUGAUAUUUUUACUAUACAAAUGCGGAUUCUUCAACAGAAGCAGACCGUCCGAUGCCCCAGAACGACAGCCAUUAAAUAGAAAUGGACAUUUCCAACAUGGCGACGAAGCGCUCUAGUUUAAAUACCGAAACACGAAGACUAGAAGUUGUUGUUGCAAGUGAUUUAUUUAUGUGUGUGUGUACAAAUACGUAAUUGUAGUAGUCGUUUUCGGUGCUAUUAUGACAAUUUGUUUUAUUUUGCUCUCUUUUUCGCUAACAAAGAAAUAUUUUAGUGAUACAGAUUAAAAUAACGCAUAAUACAACGACUAAACGAAAAUGUGAUUAACAGACUAAUUUAUUAAUUUUUACGCUAGCGGGACAUUUUAGUGCCUUAACUUCAGUGCCACUUGUUAUUAAAUUAUUUUAGUUUUAGUAAUAUAAUUGUUAAUACGUAAAAUUGUAAAAAGUUCAUCUAAUUUUCAAAUUGUUUAUAUACAUAUGAUCCUAUCAUGCCAUUCACUUUGUACAUUUAACUGUUAAACCUAUAAUUUGUAAAUAAAACUUGAACAUGA